AUGGCUACCUCAGGUCUCGCAUUUUUUGAGAUCGAGAAUUCAUCUCGAAUCGCCAGUCCUCAGCCUGCGGUACGAAAAGAUAAGCAAGGCACCGCUCAAGCUCGAUCGGACUACGAGUUGAGCGAGAUUCAACUGGCCAAAGGCUCGGCUCGAGUGACUUCAGAGCCCCUAACACAACCGACAACGGGACCUCCUUCGCCCUCGCCAAGCGAGCUGGAGAGGCGUCUAUCGAUACCCGAUGUCGCAGACCAGGUCUCUGGGUGGGCACCAGACCGAACGGUGGCCUCAUGGAAAACCAAAUGGCGAAUGCUGAGCGUCUGUUUCAUGAGUCUUGGCAAUGGAAUGAACGACAGCGCACCGGGUGCCCUGAUUCCAUUCAUCGAAACACACUACAACAUCGGAUAUGCGAUUGUUUCCCUUAUCUUCGUCACCAAUGCAUUUGGCUUCAUCCUGGCAGCGCCACUCACGCAGUCCAUCGAACACAAGCUUGGCCGCGCAAAGAGCUAUGCACUCGCCUUGUCUAUCCAAGCGAUUGGCUAUGUAAUCAUUGUCUGCGAGCCUCCGUUCCCUGCCGUUGUUGCCAGCUUCUUCCUUCUCGGUUUCGGCAUGGCGCUCAGUCUGGCGCUGAGUAAUGUGUACUGUGCCAAUCUGGCGAAUCCUACCACAGCCCUCGGUUGCUUCCAUGGCUCCUAUGGCAUUGGUGGUAUUAUCGCCCCUUUGUUUGCGACAGCUAUGGUAUCGGACGGGAUACGGUGGUCGUUCUUCUAUACCAUCACGUUGGCUGUGUCGAUUAUCAACUUGGGAUAUGCAUUGUGGGCAUUCUACCACUUUGAGAACGACUCGCCCAAUGAGCCGCAGAUGGCACUCCGGCCAACUAUCUCACACCAGACCAGCGAUGGCGAGCCUCUCUCGCGAACACAAGUUCUCAAGAAGUCCAUCCGCAACCGUACAACGCUGCUGGGCGCUCUCUUCAUCUUCGCCUACCAAGGCGCCGAAGUCUCUGUUUCAGGCUGGGUUGUAUCCUUCCUCAUCAGCUAUCGACACGGGGACCCAUCGCGGGUUGGAUACGUGAGCUCCGGUUUCUGGGCUGGGAUUACCGCCGGGCGUUUCCUGCUGACGCAUCCGGCAUCCAAGAUUGGUGAGAAGGUCGCUGUCAUGGGAAUGAUAGCAGGUGCUGUUGCAUUUCAGCUGCUGACCUGGCUCAUUCCAAAUGUCAUUGGAGAAGCUGUCACGGUUGCUAUUUUGGGCCUGCUGCUGGGUGCUGUUUACCCCUGUGCCACGUCAAUCUUUACCAGGUUGAUUCCCCGUAGCAUGCACAUCUCCAGUCUAAGCUUCAUUAGUGCGCUUGGUAGUAGCGGUGGUGCGGUCUCGCCGUUCUUUACUGGUAUCCUUGCGCAGAAUAUCGGGACUAUGGUUCUCCAUCCUAUCUGUAUUGGACUUUAUGGGGUUAUGGCUAUCAGCUGGCUUCUAUUGCCCAAAAUUGCAAAGAGGUCGGAGUAA